AUGGUCACGAUGAACCUUCCCACUGACCAGAAGAAGGUCCUACAGGACCAAGUCAACCUGAUCGAAUCGCAAGAAUCCUCGCUUGUCCUUUCAGAGCUUACCAACGACACAGCCUUCGAACUGGGCUCGCUCAUCCGAUCCGCCUUUCUUUCCGAAUUCGACCCGGCCAAGGACGGUAUCGUCAUCUCGAUCGCACUCUUCUCCGGACACACUCUCUUCUCAUGUGCAGUGGGUAACCCUCUCAAAUUGGGGCCGGACAAUUGGGACUGGGUGGCACGAAAGAGUAACACCGUCAAGCGCUUCGGAUGGUCGAGCUUCCUGGUUGGCCGCACCCGCCUGUUGAAAGGCAAGGACCUGGAUGGCCUGGGUCCCGAAUACGCUGCCCAUGGGGGCGGUUUCCCUCUUCGCAUCAAAGGCCUGACAGCAGGACCUGUUGGUGUCAUCGUCGUUUCGGGGCUCAAACAGGAAGACGAUCAUCACCUCAUUGUUACGGCCCUCGAAAAGCUUCUUCGCAAAAAGACGUGA